ACAAACAAACAGAUUUGUUUCAACUCCUCAUCUCGUUCUCUCGUCACUGUCAAAUAAUCUGGUUCUUCUUAAAAUUUUCCAUUUUGAUACCAAUUUCGCUAUGUAAGUACUAAUCAUUCGCUUAUCUCUGUAAAUAUUAGAUUUUCACGAAAUCUUUUUUUCAUUUUGGAGUAAACAAUUUCGAUUUGUAGAAGAUUAAAGAAGAUUCUCGUUAAAGUGCUUCAUUCAAACUCAAAAAAAGUAGUUUAAUUUCUUCAGCAUAACCCCACCACCAUCAUUACAUGAUACCAGUUGGUUGAUUAUUAUGCAGCUGAUUGCUCCACCCAACUCCUUUUCGCCUGAAUUUUAGGGUUUUCGCUCCUUCGCAAUUUCAAAUUAAUAUUCCUUCUGGUGGUGUAAUUAAUCAUCUUGAUUUCCCUGUUUCCCGGUCUCAAAAUUUUCAAUUUAACUUCCCACUUUUGUACACAGCGUUUCUCCUUUAUUUUUUUUCUUGAUUGAUCGUACUUGUGGUAUAUUUUGGAUUCACUUUACUUCUUAGAAUCUCUUCUCCUUAUCAAAAAGAGAAAGGGUGGUCUUCUCAUGGCGUUUCAGCCGUCGGAUCGACCAGGUCCAAGCUCAGGAUCGAGUUCAAGUUCUGGAUUUCAUCAUAAUUCCCCUUUUGGUGAUACCACUUUGACUAAAAUUUUUGUUGGAGGGCUUGCUUGGGAGACACAAAGUGAAACUCUGCGACAAUACUUUGAACAAUUUGGAGAAAUUUUUGAAGCCGUUGUGAUCACUGAUAAGAACACCGGCCGAUCCAAGGGUUAUGGUUUUGUGACUUUUCAAGAACCUGAAUCUGCAAGGAGAGCAUGUCUUGAUCCUGCUCCGAUUAUUGAUGGGAGACGAGCAAAUUGUAAUUUAGCCUCGCUUGGAAGGCCUCCUCGGCAUUCCUUGCCAUUUGGAUCUUUGAGAUCACCAACGCCUUAUUUUGGAAGCUAUGGCUAUCAACAACCUUUUCCUUAUGGUUACCAACAAGGAUUAACAUAUCCCUCAUACACGUAUCCAACAUUUGGUCCCGAAUACGUCUACCCACAGGGAAUUUACAAUCCAUAUGCGGGUCAACAACACUAUGCUCAGAUAUAUGGUGUACCCAACACACAAGUGUAUCCAUACAACCAAACAAUGACUGGUCAACAGAUUUUUCAAUUUGGUGGGCCCGGUUAUAGCGGAAUUCAAACUUCUUCAAUUCAAGCACCAUAUCCAACAGGUGUUGCAGGGCCUAUUUCGGUAGUUCCUGCACCACCACAACCACAGUUCAUUCAAGGUGGAGGUUCUGGAGCAAAUGCAAGAGGGUAAAUAUUUGGUUAAGGUGCUCAUAGAUUGCGACAGGAGUAAGAGCAACAGUAGUGCUACUUGAGUGGCAGGGGCCUUGGAUUUACCCUUGCGACUUAUUUGCAUUCUAGAGGUCAUAUACAUGCAUGCUAACCAGAGAAGUUAUCUUCCAAUUUGCUUCGGGUGAUUGGAGAAGUUUGCAAAUUUGCCUCUUCUUCCUUAGUGCCGCCACUUGGCUUGGUCUACUGGUAUUAUGGAAUACCGGUGGCCAUGGAAAUGGCCACCAGAAUCUGGAGCCAAAAAAUGGCUCUGCGAUUCUAUGUAAUAAACAAGAACCGGCAUUGGAAUCAACGUAUGAUUUUUGUUAAAUUCACAAUGCCCGUUGUUAUUAUCCCGUGUCCCAAAGGGUGGGAUCAGGAUCUUCUUUUACUUAAAAAAACAUAAUUUUUAUUACAAAACUGUAAUAAAAAUGGCUCUGUGAUUCUAUGAGUUUGUGUGACUCGGUGAUUCAUCAUCGAAUGUUACUUUUAGUCGCUUAAUGUAAAGACUAAAAUAGAAAUUUACUUCUUUCUUUUCUUCCA